CAAAACCGCAUGCCGCAGAAGGAUGGAAUCGAUGUGCUUUGGUAGAUCACUAGUCUGUUGAAGACGUAUAGGUAUCGUCUCCUGUUCUGGAACCGGGGAGCUGUAAGCGCCACGCCAAGAAGCUAUACGGCUCACGUCAGAGGUUUGGGGCUUGCCUUGCACAUUCACGGUCCCUCUCGCAGGGGAUUUGGGGUCGCAAGGAAUUGAUAACGGUAGUACAGAGCUCUGUCCGAACGUUCACCCAACAAUCUCAUGGUCGGGGUUUCAGCCUCUGAACUUACGGCCGAACCGUCCCACACCCGUACCCCGGAGGCAAAGACCCUCACUCGAUUCGAUCCCGUAGUGCGUUGAGGUGUUCUUACGUCUUUCGUGUUUCCGUGCAUACCUUCUUCUCAAUCUCAGGCUCCGCCCGGCUUCAUCGUGUAUCGUUGUGGAAUGCCAAAAUCACUGAAAGAAUGGUGCGGCUUCGGCAUGCUUGUUCCACAGGCCCUGGCCAUAACCUUCCGAACGCCAGUCUCCGAUCACAUCGUGUCGAAAUUGCUGAACGCUCACAGAUAUGAUGUUAUACAAAGUCAUCUGUAUCGUGUCGUACCCUCAAGUGAUCUGCAUUCAAAGCAGUCAUCACUACAGGACGUUGCGUUGGUGGCUUAUGGAGUCAAUAUCACCGUUGGUACCCCGCAACAAACUGUGAAGGUCCUUCUCGACAACAACUUCCCUUUUUUAUUCAUUCAGUCUGCAGAUUGCGAUUCUUCACUGUGCAGCUCUUAUGGACAUUCAGGGUUCAAUUCGUCUGGGUCGUCCUCAUACCAAGAUGGAGGGUCCGGCCUGCAAAAAUUCCAUUACGCCAAUGUCGACUUUGAGGGAAUUAAGGCAAAAGAUCUGGUAGGCGUCGCUGGCCUCGAACUGGAUGAACAAGUGUUUGAGAACGUUGUGACGGCAAAACCAAGAACCUUCUUCCACUGGUACUUUGACUAUAACGGAGUCCUCGGGCUAGGCAGGCUACCUAGUGAGUACGGACUCCACAGCCCGUGGCAAAGUAUCAUGGAUAGACGUCUCUUGACCAACAACGUUAUCUCUUUCGUCUUUCCGCAGGGCGUGAGAGACAUGGAUUCACCUCGCAAUAACGGUGAAGUUUCCAUAGGUGGUUAUCCACCAAACUUCACCAUCUCAGAUUAUAUCCGCCUUCCACUCUUGACACGAGAGGCUUCUAGACCCGGUUCCGGAUUCUCUUGGGCGACAAGUCUGCAAACCUUGACCUAUCAGAACCAGUCCUCGACCUUGUAUCACGAAACUUUCGGCAGGAGUGCAGCUGCAUACUUCUCAACAGCAUUACCAUAUAUUCAACUGCCAAGACGAUGGGUCAGGUUGAUUAUGUCCAGCGUCGGUCCUACGGAACACAAUGGAUUCUUCGAAUCGUUUCCAUGUGAGAAGAGAAAUACCCUGCCGAGUUUGGUGUUUGGUCUCGGAAACAAGAACAUUACACUCAGUGCUACCGAAUACACUUUUGAGCUCAAGUCAACAAAGCGGAAAACACAUAACUGUGUCAUAGCACUCGACAGCAGUGACAGUGGAUUUUCAGACGACGCUGAGAAUGCGAUCAUUGGAUUGGGUUGGCCAUUCCUAGAGAAUUUCGAGGUAAUAUUUAAUGAGGAUGAACUCGCUGUCCUAUUGAAGCAACGGGUCGUUUGAGGAAUCCCCCUUUCGCCAUCUUUCUAAGAAAAGGCUCGCAUAUCUUCCGUCAGAUGGCAUGGAUGCGAUCAAAUAGUCUCCAUCGGAUUGAGUCGUUUGGCAGUUAAGGUGGCGUUCUGUUCGGGAAAGGAUUCCGAGGUCCUCAUGGUCCCUGAAGCCAAAGUCUCUAGAAUGCCAAUACCUUAAGUCCUUUGGCCCUUACGGGAGAAGGUUAGGUUAAAGUUUGCACAAUUGGUCCGGGGGCCCCGACGGCCGAAUUACAUUAGUAAAAGUACGUCGCUUCAUUUAUCUAUCCCAAUCUUCCUCCUUCC